UCUCAAAAUAUUUCCUAUCCAGUUUCACUGACCUAUAUAAAUGAAAGGUUCGUCCUAUCUAUAACUAUAUGUGCAUGGAGUAAAACAAAUGAAAUGAUUAUGAAGUAUAGUGAUUAGUUAUAUUCUGAGUCAUUAAAUAAAGUUGUUAAUUUUGGGCGGGCCUACCAAUUAGUAUUAAGAACUCACGAAUACGUAACGGGGGCAAUGAAACACAAUUGGCAUAAGAAAAUCACUAAAUGUCAAUAAAAUCAAAUUCAGGAUCAUAUUCAACUCUAAAAUAUGUUGAAUUCAAAUAAUGCAUAAUGAGAACUUCAAAAAAGUGAAUCUCUUUCAACUCUUUUGAACUAGAGUACAUUAUUUUCAGCAUAACAAUAGAGUGUGCCUCAAAUACCUAAUACACUGAUUGAAAAUACAACCUGUUGAACAUUUUCACAAAAACAUUUUUAUAAUGGUGUAGUAGUGGCAAUUUUUUCUACUUACACCAAAGUCAAGGAAUAACAUUGACAAUAUUACUAGUUUCGCCAUGUGUUUCACUAAACCAUUCCCAAUAUUCUGUGAAAUUUGUUGUUUCCAUUCCUGCUGGUACCAUUUUGAGUAUUCCUCAUGCACUCUGAACAUUUAUAGAAAAAGACAAUACGAUAAGGUAAAUAAGAUAUGGUGGAACGAAAUAUAUUGAUCAUUGUUCUGGAACUAAAAGAGAGGGGGCUCUAUGAACGGAACCUGAAAGUUCUUCUUAAUGGCAUACCUCACAUAGAAGUAAAAUGUGAUGUAUGACAAGUAUACAUGGCAACUAUUAUUUGACUGCUACUAGUAGAAAAAGCAUCAGCUACAAACUGUCUGAAUCACAAAUCAUUACAGUAUGGUGCCACAUAUGGUGCCUUCAUUUAUAAAUAUUACAUUUGACAAAGUUGUUCCUAAUUACUUCAAACAAAUGGGGAAUGUCACUAAUGUUUUCAAAUAUAUUUUUAAAAUAUUCAUUAUUAUUGAAGAGCUUCAUGUUCUGUCCCAGAUAUUUUGUCUUCCUGUUACCAUCAAGGGUUUUAAUAGUCUUCCCACUAUUAAUAUCCUGCAUCCAUUAAUAGAUACGACUUUUAGACUAGCUUCUGUAGAACUUCUAAUAAUUGUUUUGGUUAUUAAUACUAAUCAUAAAUUUCUUCUUAUUUUGACAAUUGUCAUUCGACUAAUUCAUGCGACAUCUGUCGAAUAUCAAAGUGACUGAACCUUUAGUGGAAGCUGUUUAACUUUGUUUAACUUUGCCAAUAUACGAGCUCAAACAACCCUAUUUGUUUUGUUAAGUUGCAAGAAAAUGACAUGAAACAUACUUGCAGAGCUGCCAACGGUAAAUAGUUCCUAUGGAAAUGCUGCCCUCUAUCUGAGAAAUCGAAAUGUAUAGUAUUUAUUUCAUAGGAAAGCAUAAAGCAGUGAGCAAUAUAUAUAUAUGGUUGGUUUUAUUCAACUAAGUUUAAUAAUUACUUGAACGUUCUUCAAAGUUUGCACAACCUGAGACAAAAUGUUUCAGAUUGAAAAUAAUUAAUUUUGAACAAACCAAGGUUUUAGGUUAAAGCAAGAGAAAUUUCCAUUUGCUGUUUUACCGGACGGAAGAUACGAUUGAUAGGAAGGUAUUCCGCUAGACAUUUUCAGAGUAAAAUGUCGGAUCCAGAGAUUAUUCAACCCUCAAAUGGUAGCGAAAAUGAUGAACCGAGCAAACCUGGAUCACAAGCGCCCAUCGAGUCUGCUGAAAGUAUUCGGGAUGAUGUUAUAGGAUCUACAGCGAAACCUGAAAUUUUGGCAGAGGUGUCAGAAGAGGAGUCUAGAGAUCAAGAAAAUCAUGAAAAAACAAGUGAAGAUGACAGUUCCGAGCAAUCAAAUUUGAAUAAAUCAAGAGAGUUGAAGUUGUUACUAGCUCUGUCAAAGGAAGCCAAUCUAGACACUAAUAUAUCACACAAAAGGAAAGUAAUUGAAGGUAACAAAACUAAAGAGACAUCGUUGUUAAAACAUUCUUCACUUGAAUCUGAUAUCAAAAUAGCAAAAGUGGCUACAGAAAAUAAGUGUAACUUCAAAUUCCCAGUCACUGCAGAAGCUGAAUUAGAGGAGGAAUUCAUAAAAAACGAUUCAAACAUAAAAAAUGAAAAUAGCCAUAAACUGAAAAGAAAAAGAAAUAACUCAGGUGAGGUUAAUGUAGGGGGCGCCACAGAUGACUCUAAGAAGAAUAUGAAGACAUUUUCUGGUGAUAUAAAGAUGUUCAAGCAAAAUAAAGAUGCUUUCUGUUGGAGAUGUCAUAGAGAGGGGGUCAACGUUGCUUGUGAGACUUGUCCCAGAUCAUAUCAUCAAAAAUGUUUGAAGCAAACCAUAGACGAUCCAGAUCACUGGCCAUGUCCAGAAUGUGUAGCUACCUUGAAAGCAGAUACCACUCAUACAAGGUCGGAGGCAAUGAAAGGAUUGCCAUCGGAACACCUCUGCAAACUUCUUAAAUUUGCAGCUAUGCGAAUGAUACAAUGUCAGGGGACAAAAUGAGAAUAAGCAGAAGAAAAUCCGACAUAGAUACCGCAAAAAAACGUGUAUCUGGAGAAGACACAUAUCCUCCUCACCACCAGAAAAUAUCGAGGAGAAACAGCGACCAAAGUGUCAAGAGUGACUCAAGUCGUCUGUCAAAUAUUUCUGAUAAAAUCAGUCGAGUUGACAUAUCCGAGAAUAUGGAAAUAUCUCUAGGAAAUGACGACAUUGGUUGCGUAAGUAUUUCUGAGAACAUAUCUCCUCAGAACGGAGAGUCUUCAAGAUCGAGUAUCGACUGUAGUGUUGAGAACAAGAGAAAACCAGUUCAGGUUGAUAUUGAUAACGCUGAAUUCACCAUCUCCCCUCCAAACAGACUCAAAAUAUCAGAUCAGCUCAUCAAGCGUUUGGCAGACAAGGACGACAAGAUUGAGGGAGUUAAAAAAUCUCUUGUGGAAACCAAGUCGCAGACAGAUAUCCUCAUUGAAAAGUUUCAAGCGGUAGUGCAGCAUAAGGUUGUGGAUUUUAACCAACCCUCUUCAUCAAGUACCGCUUGUCAAAAUACGAAUUCAACAAGUAAACAAAAAGAAGAUGGUACAAAGCCGUCUGAAAGUCUUGCAGAAACUGGAAGAAAAUCUCCGGAUAGAUGUGGGAAAUUAAUAAAUGUAAACCCUCCCAAGGAGAGCGAAAGUGAAAUGGUUUGUGAAAGCACAAGCGACUCCAAGCCCGAUUUGAAAAAUGUGAAAUCUUCCGAGACGCUAGAAGGUGAGAACAAAAUAAUAGAGCGAGAUUAUUCAGAGAAAAGUGCACCUGGUGGUUCGAUAUCAAGACAAAAAUUGAUUCAACCGGCAAUCACAGAAUUCACAUAUCUUGUUUCAGCUGUAGAGCCGACAGAUAAAUCCAACAAAAACAUUGAUAAAUCGCCAGAGAAGAAAAUUGUUGAGGCAGAAGACGUUUCUUCUGAAAUGGUUGAUAUUGUAGACGAAUUUGAACAAGAAGCAGGGGCUUUAGACCCUGUGCGGAUUGAUAAGAAGAAAAUAUUCAACAUAAUUCAUUCUUCAUUGAAUCAGAUGAAAACCUCGCAAGCCGAGGGUAGUUGUGCUAAGAGUAUAGACUCUCCAGUGAAGGAUUCAACGACUGCGGAGAAACUACCUGAAAAAAAUGUGAAGUCGAUCGGGAAUAUAUCAGGAUCCCCCGUGAAGCCCGCGUCAAAAUCCGUCGUUGAAAGUCAAAUUUCUAAAGUGAAUUCGCCUUCCAAUGAGGCAAAUAACUCGAAAAAUGAGAGCGUCACUCAGACUCGAAUUCAGAGAAAUGAUGGGAAAGCCUUUCUCACUAAGGAAGCUCGAGCCCGACCCAAAACCACUGCAAAGAAACGAAAGGGUAGCUCCGACGAUAUCUCGCCUCCCAAUCCCAAAGUUGUGAAAUUAAUUCCAAUUGAAAAUAUCAUGAGCAAAGACCUCAAAGAAAAGGUCCAUUCCGAAGUGCCCUCACCUCCGAAGAAUAACCAAGAAAAGAUAGUCAUUCGAAAACUCCCAGUCACCAGCGAAAGUUCUUCCUCUAACAUCUCUAAUUUCACCAUAACCAGCGUUAGUUCUGUCCACGAAGUUAGUCAGGAGGAGAUCAAAAGCGAACCGGAAAGUGACGACAAUUUCAGCGAGUCGGAAAAUUUGGAGGCGAAACGGAAGUAUUUAUCCGCGCUAAAUAUUUCUGAAAAGCCUUCCGAGACUGAAAAAAGCAAGACCAACGAGAUCCGAACUCGGGCCAAAGCGGAAGAGAAACGGGAAAAAUACAAAAUCGUCGAUAAUCUGACGAGAAUUAUAGACGACGUCGCCUUGAAUUACAGCGCAGAACGCGAAAGAGAAAAAUUGACAGCGAAAAAACCGGAGAGAGGUGCCCCCGUACAGGAGGGCGAAAUAUUCGUCAAGUCUUUUGCCAAGCUGCAGGGUCCGCAAGACGCUGGUGGAAAACAGAGAGCGAGAAAGUCGUUCCCCACGCCAGGUUACACCAAUGUUGUCGAUAAACCGAAAACGAUCCCGUCUAAGAAAGACCACUCGCUUAGCACAUACAGAAAAGACACUCCCAGAGCUAACGUAACAAAGAAGGACGCCUCUAAACCGGCGGGAAACGCUUCCAGCGCUCAAACGUGCCAGACUCCUGUCAGAACACAUCUAGUUGUCGGUUCCGCGAAACCACCGGAAUCGGUUGCUGGUUCAAAGGCCCUCAGCAACGUCAUCAUCUCAGACUGUAGGACGGUCACAACGACAAGUGUCCCUGCAAGUCAGACUACUGUUAGUGUCGUACAAUCGAAGCCUGCAGACACCUUCACAAGCGCCCCGAUGCACUAUUUCUUGUUGCCCACUACUGGAGGGAACUAUUGCCUUCCUCUUGGCAGUACAUCUAUGAGUUCGGUGAGUAUCGUAUACGAUAGGAAAAAGUUUCAAAGUUUUAAUAUUUUUUUCUCACUCAAGCUGGCGACAUCGGAAAAAUCAUCUUUACUUUUGAAG